AUGAAGGGCGUGACCCUGCGUGGGCUGCUGGGUCUAUUGGUAAUCCUCACAGGAGUGAACUUGGCCUGCUCAGCUCGGAGCUUGGACCAGCUUGAUCCUAAAAUCUUUGGAUAUGCCAAUGAUACCUCGUCGAGCAGAACUGUCACCACUGGGGCAGACCUUGCAGCCACUUUGUCGGACGUGACCGUCUCGACCAUCAUCCUGAACGGACCCUCACAGCACUUAGAAAUUGAUUUUGGCGGCCUUGUCAAUGCAAUAUACGUGGAGAGCGAUGGGAUUCUGGGCCUCUUCAAUAUCACCGCUAGGAACAUUGGGCCCAAGGCUCUCAGGCGGCCCACGGAGAACCUGCAGAACCUGCAGUACAAGAUUGAGUCUUUUGGCCCAUGGCCCAGCAUACAAGUAGCCCCAGGCGCAACGCUGUACACCACCCUGGUCACCUUUUAUGCCUACAGCGAGCCGGACUGGCAGCAGUGCACACUGUUCCAAAACUACACUGCAGAGCGGCUGCUGGACAGUGGCUAUCCAGGCUCCUACACUAUCACAGGCCGCAACUCCUUCACCAUCAACGAAUUUGCUACUCCUGGCUGCUUCUUGUCAUACGCGGCCGCCGCCCCCGGCGUGCGACCGAUGACCCCGAGAAGCUUCCUCCCUCCCCGGAUAAGGUGCGCGCCUGCCGCUAUUAUUAUUAUUAUUAUUAUUAUUAUUAUUAUCAUUAUUAUCAUUAUUAUUAUUAUUAUUAUUAUUAUUAUUAUUAUUAUUAUUAUUAUUAUUAUUAUUAUUAUUAUUAUUAUUAUUAUUAUUAUUAUUAUUAUUAUUAUUAUUAUUAUUAUUAUUAUUAUUAUUAUUUAUUAUUAUUAUUACAAUUAUUAUUAUUAG